UGUACAAACUGUACACUGGAAGUGUCACGUGUUUCCUACAUGUCAGCAACGUAAAGUGCUGACUGCCCAGCACCGAGGGUGCCUAACGCGCAUGCGCCUCGCAGUGGACGGACGUCUGAGCAUUGGUGCAUGAUGACUUCUUGGAGCGACCGUCUGCAGAACUACGCUGACCUCCCAGCCAACAUGGAUGGCGUUGCUCUCAAGAAGUAUCGACGAGAAGCUCAUCACAGAGUGUUUGUCAACCGAAGCUUAGCAAUGGAGAAGAUCAAGUGCUUUGGUUUCGACAUGGACUACACCCUGGCAGUGUAUAAAUCUCCCGAAUAUGAAUCGCUUGGCUUCGACUUGACGGUGGAGCGCCUGGUUUCCAUUGGAUAUCCGCAGGAACUGCUCAACUUUGUCUAUGACCCCUCCUUUCCCACUCGGGGCCUGGUCUUUGACACCGCGCAUGGCAACCUGCUGAAAGUGGACGCGUAUGGCAACAUCCUGGUUUGUGUGCACGGCUUCAACUUCUUAAGAGGGGCUGACACUAGAGAGAUCUACCCCAACAAAUUUAUCCAGCGUGACGACACAGACCGAUUCUCCAUCCUCAACACUCUCUUCAACCUGCCUGAAACCUACCUCUUGGCCUGCUUAGUAGACUUCUUCAGUAACUGUUGUCGAUACUCCAGCUGUGAGAUGGGCUUCAAAGAUGGCGACCUCUUCAUGUCUUAUAAAAGCAUGUUCCAGGACGUCCGGGACGCUGUGGACUGGGUUCACUUCAAGGGGUCCUUAAAGGAAAAGACAGUUGAAAACCUGGAAAAGUAUGUGGUUAAAGAUCCAAAGCUUCCUCUCCUCCUCAGUCGCAUGAGCGAAGUAUCCAAAAUCUUCCUGGCGACCAACAGUGACUACAAGUACACCGAGAAAAUGAUGACGUACUUGUUUGAUUUUCCUCACGGUCCAAAGCCGGGUACAACCCACAGACUGUGGCAGUCGUACUUUGACUUGAUCCUGGUCGACGCUCGCAAGCCCGUCUUCUUUGGCGAGGGAACGGUCCUGCGGCAGGUUGACACCACAACCGGUCGACUGAAGAUCGGCACGUAUACCGGUCCUCUCCAGCAUGGGAUCGUUUACUCUGGAGGUUCUUCCGACAUGGUGUGUGACCUGUUGGGGGUGAAGGGCAAAGACAUAGUCUACAUCGGAGACCACAUCUUUGGUGACAUUCUAAAAUCCAAGAAGCGCCAAGGUUGGAGAACCUUCCUGGUGAUACCAGAACUGGCCCAGGAGCUUCAUGUGUGGACGGAAAAGAGCUCCAUAUUUGAGGAGCUUCAAUCUCUUGACUGCUUCCUUGCUGAGCUUUACAAGCAUCUGGAUAGCAGCAGCAACGAGAGGCCCGAUAUCAGCUCGCUCCAGCGACGUAUUAAGAAAGUCACACAUGACAUGGACAUGUGCUACGGCAUGAUGGGAAGCCUAUUUCGCAGCGGAUCCCGUCAGACUCUGUUCGCCUCCCAGGUGAUGCGUUACGCUGACUUGUACGCCGCCUCCUUCAUCAACCUGCUCUACUACCCCUUCAGCUACCUCUUCAGAGCGCCGCAUGUCCUGAUGCCUCAUGAGUCCACGGUGGAGCACACACACGUGAACGUUCACGACUCAGAGUCCCCGCUGGCCACCAGAAACCGUCACGGCUUGGACUUGAAGGAGGUGGAAUCCAAACGACUCCACCUCGGCCGAUCCGUCAACGACAUGCAGCCGCCUCACUUCUUCCCUCUGGCGCCGGAGGAGAUCACCCACUGCCAUGAUGAGGAUGACGAUGAGGAAGAGUAGAUGAUAUGACCAUUCUUUCUUUUGACUUCUUGUUUCUAAUGACUUGUCCUCAC